AUGGGAUCUGUCAAAUUUUCCCCAGACACUGAUAUCCCCAGCCUCAAAGGCAAGAUCAUCCUUAUCACUGGAGGGAACUCAGGACUGGGUCUUGAGACCGCUCGCCAGCUGUUGAAACAUGAACCUUCCAGGAUCUUCCUCGCUUGUCGCAGCAAAGCAAAGUUCGACCAAGCCAUCAACGAAUUGCAACAACAGGGCUCUAACACCGAUGCUGUUUCUUUUCUAGCUCUUGAUCUCGCUUCUCUAUUGAGCAUCAAAUCUGCCGCCACAGAGUUCCAGGCGUCCUCCACUCGGCUCGACAUUCUUGUCAACAAUGCUGGCAUUAUGAUGACUCCAGAGGGCCUCACUGAGGAAGGCUAUGAGAUCCAGAUUGGCACGAACCAUAUGGGCCAUGCUUUCCUUACACAUCUCCUCCUCCCUACUCUUGAAGAGACCACCAAGACCAAUCCUGACGUGAGGAUCAUAUUCGUUUCGUCGAUGGGAGAGUCUAUCUCCCCAAAGAAUCCAUACCAGUUCGACCAAUUCAAGACCACCAUGUCUAGCUUCUCUACGCAGUCGCGCUAUGCGAUAUCGAAGCUUGCAAACGUCCACUACGCCGCAGCCCUUGCCGAACGAUAUCCCAAGAUCAAAGUCAUCAGUAUCCACCCAGGAGUCGUACACACGAACCUCACUGCACCGAUUAUCAGUAGCAGUCUUAUCAUGGGAAUGAUUACAAGGCUCGUAACGAGCUUGAUCGCUGUUGACUCUGCGAAGGGUGCCCUGAAUCAGUUAUGGGCAAUGACUGAUCCCAAAGCUGAAAGUGGUGUUUUCUACCAUCCCGUUGGUGUGACGGGCAAAGGAAGCAAACUAAGCCGGGAUAAGGACGCCCGUGAGAAGCUUUGGGAAUGGACACAACAAGAGAUCCGGCAGCACCUCGGCUGAAGGGGUAUGUAAUGAAGGGAAUGUUUGUCAGAGUAGUAGCCUUUUCACUCUUAAUAUUAAUCGCUUGUGAUAGUUGCGUGGUACUAAAUGUACAGCUUUGCCA